CGCUUAAAUUCACAAAUCAAAACCUGUGGGAAUCAGUGCGACUUGGAUUUUCUCACUUUUUAUUUUCGUCAUUUGUUCACUUUUUACCAUUUUCCUUGGUCUCGUUUGUAUUUUAUUGUCAGCUACAGACUACAGUGUUUUUUUAACUCUAAUCAAUCCGGCCAAGCAUGGUUCUUUGAUCUUAUCAGUCCAAGACUCCUAUGGCUGGACUUACGAACUGAGCUCGCUUUGGUGAAACCGUGCAUCGUUGAUCCCUUAGGGCUUCACCAGAAUCUGUCAAACGAAACGAUGCCAAAACCCAGCAAGAAGGCUGCUGGAAAUGGUGAGGCUUCAUCCAGUGCUGUGCGCGCGUCUACACUAAACCCGAUGGAAAGCGCAAGAACGAGGAUAACGACCCGGAUUACCAGCUGCGCGAUCUGUCCAUGACGCAUCUACGAUGUGUCCAGUGAUGAAGCGGACGAUGACGAUUAUAUCGACGAUGACGAGAUUCCAUCGGGGUCGCAUUCUGGAACUGCCAGACGAGCCACAGACGGGGAAACCGAUGGUGUUCUCAGUAUCGCCAGCGCUAACGCAGAAGCGGCGGUCCGUGAUGUUCCCAAUGAUGAGUUCGGGGCCAAGGACUACAGAAGUCAAAUGGCCCUAAAACCCGACCAUGCCUCGCGUCCCUUGUGGGUCGCUCCCGAUGGCCACAUUUUCCUGGAAGCCUUCUCACCCGUGUACAAGCACGCGCAGGACUUCCUCGUAGCCAUCUCCGAACCGGUGUGUCGGCCGGAGCGCAUCCACGAAUACAAACUGACCGCCUAUUCCCUGUACGCCGCUGUUUCCGUCGGCCUGCAGACCGCGGACAUUAUCGAAUAUCUGAAACGCCUGAGCAAGACCAAUUUGCCCCGAGGUAUCGAGGAAUUCAUCCGGUUAUGUACCGUCAGCUACGGGAAGUUGAAGUUGGUACUGAAGCAGAAUCGUUAUUUUGUGGAGACCACGCAUCCGGAUGUGAUGCAGACGCUGCUGAAGGAUGACGUGGUCAGUCAGUGCCGGUUGCGCUUUGAGGAGCAGGCGCCCAUGACGACGACGGACAUUGGGGAGAAAGGAGCCACGUUUGCUGGACAGAAGCCGGCUGUGGAAGGAGCGGAUGGGGAUGGGGAAACGGCGGUGGAUAAGCAGCGGAUUCCGCAGGAUAUUUUUGAUUUUUAUGAUAAAAUUGAUCGCGAUGAUGAUGAAGAUAACCCUGACCAGAAGCAAACCGUCACUUUCGAAGUCAAACAAGACAUGAUCGAAAUCCUACAGAAGCGCUGUAUCGAGCUGGAAUUCCCGCUGUUGGCCGAAUACGACUUCCGGCAUGAUCAACACAAUCCCGAUAUCAAUCUAGAUCUGAAACCCAAUACAACGCACCGCCCCUACCAGGAGAAGAGCCUCCGGAAGAUGUUCGGGAACGGGCGUGCUCGCUCUGGUAUCAUUGUGCUGCCGUGUGGUGCGGGAAAAACGCUGGUGGGUGUGACAGCAUGCUGUACCGUCCGGAAACGUUGCAUUGUGCUGUGCAAUUCCGGUGUAUCCGUGGAGCAGUGGCGCUCCCAGUUCAAGAUGUGGUCCACGGCGGACGAUGGGAUGGUUUGUCGGUUUACUGCGGAUUCCAAGGAUAAGCCGGGUGCUAAUGCAGGAGUGUGUAUCACAACAUAUAACAUGAUUGCACACACCCAGAAGCGGUCCUGGGAAGCGGAGCGCAUUAUGGAAUGGUUGAAAGGGCAAGAAUGGGGCUUGAUGGUGUUGGAUGAGGUGCACACGAUCCCGGCCAAGAUGUUCCGAAAAGUCUUGACCAUUGUAAAUGCUCACUGCAAGCUGGGUUUAACGGCGACAUUAGUACGGGAGGACGAUAAGAUUCAGGAUUUGAAUUUUCUCAUUGGGCCGAAAUUGUACGAGGCCAACUGGAUGGAACUGCAGAAUAAGGGUUAUCUGGCACGUGUACAGUGUGCGGAAGUCUGGUGUCCCAUGAGUGCGGAAUUCUACCGGGAAUAUUUGGAAAUCAAAUCGCGCAAGCAGUUGCUGUUGUACGUCAUGAAUCCCAAUAAAAUUCGAGCCCUGGAGUUUUUGGUCAAAUUCCACGAGCGGAGAAAUGAUAAGAUUAUUGUCUUCUGUGACAAUGUAUUUGCUUUGAUCAAAACCGCGAAGCAGAUGAACAAGCCGUAUAUCUUUGGACCGACAUCCCAAAACGAACGCUUACAGAUUCUACAGAACUUUCAACACAAUCCUCGGUUGAACACAAUUUUCGUGUCCAAAGUUGCGGAUACCAGCUUUGAUUUGCCGGAAGCCAAUGUUCUCAUCCAGAUCUCAUCUCAAGGUGGCUCUCGCCGACAGGAAGCCCAGCGUCUGGGGCGAAUUCUGCGACCGAAAAAAGGAAUGAUUGCCGAGGAAUACAAUGCGUUCUUUUAUUCGCUGGUGUCUCAAGAUACGACCGAGAUGUUUUUCGCUCGUCGACGACAGCGUUUCCUCGUAAAUCAGGGCUAUUCCUACAAAGUCAUCACGCGCCUCGCCGGGAUGGAGGAUGAAACGCUGAAGCUGAGUACGAAAGAAGACCAGCUGGAGCUGCUGCGGGCGGUGAUGCAGGCGUCGGACGCCGAUGCCGAUGUGGAGCGCAUCGCCGGAGAUUCCAAAGACGGUGCCAAAGUGCAGAUGUCGCGGAAAGUCGGCAAUAUGGCAUCGCUCAGCGGAGCGGAUGAUGCGGUCUACAAAGAAAUGAAGGGACGAGGCCGUGCUGCUGCUUCUAAAGGAGAUGGCAAGCAACACGUACUGUUCAAGAAGUUAAAGAGAUAAAAUUAACUGCUGGGAUAGAAUGCACUGUCAUCAUUUUUUACUUGUAAAAAGUUCAUCUCCAUUUUGAAUAGUGAUGGGAGUUUUGAUAUUCAGUUCUUUUUCUGUUGUGAUACGAAAAAAUCGUGAAGAAAAACCUUUUUAAAUGUCAAAAUGACACUGAACCGCUACGGUCCAUUUUCGGACUGUAUACAAGUCAAAUUAAACUGCAAAAAC